AUGGUGGCGCGUGCGGAUGGAAAGAGCGGUUGGAGGAGUCUAGCGUCGUUGCUAGGAGACUGGACGCCAGAUGGGUCAUCCGGGAGGGCGGGCUCCCCGGUGCCGGGCUCGGCGCAUUCGUGUUGCUGCUCCAGCCGGCGGCUCCGCCCUCCGCUUCCGGCCCCGGGACUACCCACAAUCCUUAGCUCCUUCCGUCUCGCUAGGCUCCCGGUCGUUCUUCCGGUGGCGAUGGCUGCGGCCGUGGCUGGGAUGCUGCGAGGGGGUCUCCUGCCCCAGGCGGGCCAGCUGCCCACCCGCCAGCUUGUCCGCUAUGGCUCCAAGGCUGUUACCCGUCACCGUCGUGUGAUGCACUUUGAACGGCAGAAGCUGAUGGCUGUGACUGAGUAUAUCCCCCCCAAACCUGCUGUCAACCCCAGAUGCCUGCCGCCCCCUCCCAGACCCCCCCAGGAGGAGACAGGCCUCGUCCGGCUCCUCCGUCGGGAGAUAGCAGCAGUUUUCCGAGACAACCGAAUGAUAGCUGUCUGUCAGAAUGUGGCUCUGAGUGCGGAGGACAAGCUUCUCGUGCGGCACCGGCUGCGGAAGCACAAGAUCCUGAUGAAGGUCUUCCCCAACCAGAUCCUGAAGUCCUUCCUGGAAGGUUCCAAGUACCAAAAUUUGUUGCCCCUUUUUGUGGGGCACAACCUGCUGCUGGUCAGUGAAGAGCCCAAGGUCAAGGAGAUGGUGCGAAUCUUGAAGAGUGUGCCUUUCCUGCCGCUGUUGGGUGGCUGCAUUGAUGACACCAUCCUCAGCAGGCAGGGCUUCAUCAACUACUCCAAGCUCCCCAGCCUGGCCCUGGUGCAGGGGGAGCUGGUAGGAGGACUUACCCUCCUCACCGCCCAGACCCACUCCCUGCUUCAGCACCAGCCCCUCCGGCUGACUGCCCUGCUGGAUCAGUACGUCAGACAGCAACACGAGGAGGACCCUGUCGUGCCAGCCAGUGGGCAGCUGGAUCCUCCCGACCCUGUUCCGGACUUGUAGCCAGCCUCUUGUACCCAGCCUGCCCAUAAAUACACUCUGCCCCGUUGGCUGUCGGAGAUAUGGGGAACUUGGGGUAGGGAGUGGCAUUUGUUACCUGGCUUUCACUGGCAAAGAUCUCUUCUAGUACAUGGCAACCCAGAGAUGCAGAGGGAUCCCGUUUCAGAACGGAGGCGGCUCGUAGUCACUGUCUUUGUCCCUAGUUUUCCCAGCUUGGGACCUGAUAGCAGCGGUCUCUUUCCGCUCUCCAGGUCCAAGGCGGAGGGGCCUUUGGUUUCUGUGUUCACUGUCCCUUGCUGCACGCGCCUCCCAGCCUAUCCCCUCGUGGCUCCAAUGUGCCAGAAUAGCUCAACUGAGUAAUUAGUUGUGCUGAGAGUGGCAUCUAUUGAGAGCCUACUAUGCCAGGCUCCCUUUACAUGUGCUAGAUCCUGUAUUUCUCACAUGUUAUCCCCAUUUCACAGAGAGGAAGACUAAGAGGAGGAGAAGUUAAAUAGCCCGCCCAAGGUCAUGCUGUUGGUUAGAGGCAGCACAGGGACUGAACCAGGCUCUUCCUGCUCUGAAGAUGCUGCCCUGGUUUUCUACACUAGAGCUUUUUCAUUAGGGUCCCAAGUGUGCUUGGGUGUUAAUUCUGCGCCCUCAGGGUGUGCCAUGUCGUGGAAAAGUUGGGAGCACUGCUUUAUGAUAAAGUGAAAUGCAUUUUA